CGGGGCGGCCGCUCCCCCGCGGGCGAGGUCCGCGGGCAGGCGGUGCCGGCCGCCGCCAUGGCGGAGUGCUCGGGGCUCCAGUUCGUGAGCCCCUACGCCUUCGAGGCCAUGCAGAAGGUGGACGUGGUGCGGCUGGCGGCGCUGAGCGACCCCGAGCUGCGGCUGCUGCUGCCCUGCCUGGUGCGCAUGGCCCUGUGCGCCCCGGCCGACCAGAGCCAGCGCUGGGCGCAGGACAAGAAGCUCAUCCUGCGGCUCCUCUCGGGCGUGGAGGCCGUCAACUCCAUCGUGGCCUUGCUCUCGGUGGACUUCCACGCCCUGGAGCAGGACGCCAGCAAGGAGCAGCAGCUGCGACACAAGCUCGGAGGAGGUAGCGGGGAGAGCAUCUUGGUGUCACAGCUCCAGCACGGGCUGACGCUGGAGUUCGAGCACAGCGAUUCGCCUCGUCGGCUUCGUCUCGUGCUUAGCGAAUUACUAGCGAUUAUGAAUAAGGUGUCAGAAUCAAACGGUGAGUUUUUUCUCAAAUCGUCUGAGCUCUUCGAGAGUCCUGUCUAUCUGGAAGAAGCAGCAGAUGUUCUCUGCAUUUUGCAAGCAGAGCUGCCAUCACUGUUGCCCAUAGUUGAUGUGGCGGAAGCUCUGUUGCACAUUAAAAAUGGAGCCUGGUUUCUGUGCCUCCUAGUGGCUAAUGUUCCUGAUAGUUUUAAUGAGGUCUGUAGAGGUUUGAUUAAGAAUGGUGAGCGGCAGGAUGAGGAAAGUGUUGGAGGCCGUCGUAGGACAGAAGCACUUCGCCACCUGUGUAAAAUGAACCCUUCCCAAGCGCUAAGGGUCCGAGGCAUGGUGGUGGAGGAGUGUCAUCUGCCAGGUCUUGGUGUUGCUUUGACCCUGGAUCACACCAAAAAUGAAUCUUCAGAUGAUGGAGUGAGUGACCUGGUUUGUUUUGUGAGUGGUUUGCUACUUGGAACAAAUGCCAGGGUUCGGACUUGGUUUGGAACUUUCAUCCGAAAUGGCCAACAGAGAAAAAGAGAUAAUAUCAGUUCUGUGCUUUGGCAAAUGAGAAGACAGCUGCUCCUCGAGCUCAUGGGAAUCCUUCCCACGGUUCGCAGCACACACAUUGUUGAAGAAGCAGAUGUUGAUAUGGAGCCAAAUGUGUCUGUGUACUCAGGACUGAAGGAAGAACAUGUUGUGAAAGCCAGCGCAUUGUUACGUCUCUAUUGCGCUUUGAUGGGAAUUGCUGGGCUGAAACCAACUGAUGAAGAGGCUGAGCAGCUACUUCAGCUAAUGACGAGCCGUCCUCCUGCAACUCCAGCUGGUGUUCGCUUUGUAUCUCUCUCCUUUUGUAUGCUUCUGGCCUUCUCCACUCUUGUCAGUACCCCGGAACAGGAACAACUCAUGGUAAUGUGGCUUAGUUGGAUGAUAAAGGAAGAAGCUUACUUUGAAAGCAUUUCUGGUGUGUCUGCUUCUUUUGGAGAGAUGCUUCUCUUGGUAGCAAUGUAUUUCCAUAGUAAUCAGCUCAGUGCUAUCAUUGAUUUAGUCUGCUCCACUUUGGGAAUGAAGAUUGUUAUUAAGCCCAGCUCACUGAGCAGAAUGAAGACUAUCUUCACACAGGAGAUUUUCACUGAACAGGUUGUCACAGCCCAUGCAGUUCGGGUACCUGUUACAGGCAAUCUCAGUGCUAACAUUACUGGGUUUUUACCUAUUCACUGCAUUUACCAGCUUUUAAGAAGUCGGUCAUUCACCAAGCACAAAGUAUCCAUUAAGGACUGGAUCUAUAGGCAGCUCUGUGAAACCACCACUCCACUUCAUCCUCAGUUGCUUCCUCUUAUUGAUGUCUACAUUAAUUCUGUUCUUACUCCGGCAUCAAAAUCCAACCCAGAGGCCACAAACCAGCCUGUCACGGAACAGGAGAUCCUGAAUGUUUUUCAAGGACUCACUGGGGGAGAAAAUGCUCGACUUGCUCAGCGUUACAGCAUCACAACACGGUUGCUUGUCCUCUACUAUGUCCUGUCCUAUGAAGAAGCACUUCUAGCAAACACAAAGACACUAGCUGCCAUGCAAAAAAAACCCAAGUCUUACUCUUCAGCAUUAAUGGAUCAAAUUCCAAUCAAGUACCUCAUCCGCCAGGCGCAAGGACUGCAGCAGGAACUUGGAGGCUUGCAUUCUGCACUGUUACGCCUUCUUGCUACUAACUAUCCACACCUCUGUAUUGUGGAAGACUGGAUCUGUGAGGAGCAGAUCACAGGCACUGAUGCCUUACUGAGGAGGAUGCUUCUUACAAAUAUUGCCAAAAAUCAUUCUCCCAAACAGCUCCAGGAAGCGUUUUCCAUGCUCCCAGGAAAUCAUACCCAGCUGAUGCAGAUUCUGGAACAUUUAACGCUUCUCUCUGCUGGUGAACUGAUCCCAUAUGCAGAAGUACUAACUUCAAACAUGAGUCGGUUGCUGAAUGCUGGAGUCCCACGGAGGAUUCUUCAGACUGUCAAUAAACUUUGGAUGGUUCUUAACACUGUGAUGCCAAGAAGAUUGUGGGUCAUGACUGUUAAUGCUCUGCAGCCUUCAGUAAAAAUAGUCCGACAGCAGAAAUACACUCAGAAUGAUCUGAUGAUUGAUCCUUUGAUUGUACUAAGAUGUGAUCAGAGAGUUCAUAGGAGUCCCCCUCUGAUGGAUAUAACUUUGCACAUGUUGAAUGGAUAUCUUCUUGCUUCAAAAGCCUACCUCAAUUCUCACCUAAAGGAAACAGCGGAGCAGGACAUUAGGCCAUCCCAAAACAAUGCAAUGGGUCCAGAGACCCCAGAAGUUACCAGGGAAGAAUUAAAAAAUGCAUUGCUUGCUGCUCAGGAUAGUGCUGCUGUGCAGAUUCUUUUAGAAAUCUGUUUACCUACAGAAGAAGAGAAAGCUCAGAGCAGUAAUACCCACAGCCUGUUGAAAAGUGUUUAUAGUACCGCUGGCUCUAAGAGCCCAGAACUAAAAGAAGAAGAAGAUAGCUUGCUGUGUAAUCUUCGAGAGGUCCAGUGUCUUAUCUGCUGUCUGCUGCAUCAGAUGUACAUAGCUGAUCCCAACAUAGUCAAACUGGUUCAUUUCCAGGGUUAUCCAUGUGAACUUCUGGCAUUGACAGUGGCAGGGAUUCCAUCCAUGCACAUCUGUCUGGAUUUCAUUCCUGAGCUCAUUGCCCAGCCUGAACUUGAAAAACAGAUAUUUGCAAUCCAGUUACUUUCAUUUUUGUGUAUCCAGUACGCACUACCUAAAUCUCUCAGUGUGGCUCGUUUAGCUAUCAAUGUCAUGGGAACCCUACUCACAGUUCUAACCCAGUCAAAGCGCUAUGCCUUUUUUAUGCCAACCCUGCCUUGUUUAGUUUCAUUCUGUCAAGCCUUUCCGCCUUUGUAUGAGGAUAUUAUGUCUCUGCUGAUACAAGUAGGCCAAGUCUGUGCCUCCGAUGUUGCCACGCAGACAAGAGACUUUGACCCAAUUAUUACACGUCUCCAGCAACUAAAGGAGAAACCAAAUGAAGUGUCAGGACUUUGUAAAGAUUCAUCCUAUAAAAGUUGUUCAAGGGACAUUGCAAGCAUGGACCCUGAUGUUCAGUUAUGCCAGUGUGUUGAAAGUACUAUCAUUGAGAUAAUUAACAUGAGUGUAAGUGGAGUUUAGGAAGAACAGAAAUGAAAUUGUACUGUAGCUAGUGUCACAGUCUAUGGUGUCUAAACAUGGAGAGAGCUGCCAAGUGAAUUGAGAAACUGGAGCACAAGUCCUUAUCUUUCAUUCAUUGGAUUAAGUUUUGGCUGAACCUUGUCAAAAGGAAGUAAUUCUUCAGAGGCUGAUGUUGCUUCCAGUGAAAACUUCUGACAACUACCAGUGAAAGUGAGCAUACUUUUUAGGCAUGCCGCAUCACUUCGUGAACUGAGCAACAAACCUAUAAAUGGUUUUAUAACACUUCUUGAAAAACAAAUGCUUAGUUUGUUGAGCAAACAGCAAAGCAAUGGGUAAGAAAAGCUUGAAGGUUGGAGAGCUUUGCUGAAGUUCGAAUGACCUAGUGUCCAUAGGACUGGAGAAUGUGGUGUAAGUAAGUUGUAGCAUUGCACUGAGACCUAAGAAAAGGCUUAAAAUUUUUUUUUAUUUGCUUUUCAAACCAUUGGCCAAAGUGUGAGUUCAUGAGAUCAGUGACUUUAAUUCAUUUAAAAAUCAGCCAGCCUUCAUUAAAAGUUUGAAACUGGUCUAGAAGCUUCUAAAAAAAAAUAUUAGUAUUACAAAAUGAGCUGUAUAAGCAUGUUUUUUUUUAAAAGAAUAUAUAUUUUUAAUGCUGCUCAGAUGUCUAGUUAUUUUUUUUUUUUUUUUGAAACACAUCACGUAGUUUAAAAGAGAUGAAAAAGACCUAGACCUAGGGAAGUAAAGCUCAAAGAUACCUGAAUUGUCAUUAGGUUAAUUUUUCUUUUUUUUUUUUAAAAAAAAAAAAAAAAAAAGUGUCAGAGGUUACUGUGACAGAAGCUGAAUUUCACUGUAGUGAAUAGAAUGAUAGAUUUUAGCCAUACCAAAGUGGUUACAUCCUAGAGACUUGCAGCUUGAUGGACAAGCAGGCUAAUACUUUUGUGCUUAAUGCACAUAGAACUGUCUCUGAAAGCAGUUGACUGUUCUCUCAUACAGGAAAACCAGACGAUUUAGCCUUGAAAGGUGUUUUGUUGCAUUGCAGAAGAGAGUAUGUGGUUCAGGAUCUGGAAGUUUCUUCAAGGCUGCCCAGGUUCUCAUAAUGGGCAGCAAACGCUUUUGCAGUCAGAGAAAUAAAAUUAAGGUUUGGCCGUAGUGCCAGAAUUGAAUGUAGUACUUCAAGAUGGUGUAACUGCUAAAGUUGUCAAUCCAGCAUUUGCUGUUUUGAAAAUGACAGUAUCCAGAGUCCUUAACUAAGAUAUUUUCAAUUAAAACUAGUUUAUAUUCCAGAAAUCAUAGUCUGAUUGUUUCGUCUGGCCUUCUGAAUGUCUUGCACAGCUCUUCUCUUAGAUGUGUUGGAAUGUGAUACAGAAAAGCUAAUACUGAAUUGCCAAACCAAGAUAUGGUACACAUUCCAGAGUUACCAACGUGCUGAUGUAAAGCCUACUGUAACAAGGUGGUAACAUCAUCUGACUACCAAGAAUAUUGUCAUUUUGAUGUAAAAUAUGUAAAUAAUUUAAAUUUAUGUAUUUUUUCCUCUUGUGCUUGUGAUUUUAUACGCUGUAGUGAUAUUUAAGUAAAAACAAGUGUAUGUUUUGGA